UUGUUCCGAGAGUAAUUUCAUUUCAGAAGUCAAAAUGUGGAGACAACGAAUCCGCAAUCAGAACAUCGAAAAUUCACUUGAUGCAUUAUCAAUCAUGAAUAAUGAAACUUUCAAAAACGUCAACAAAAUGUUGCGAAUUUUGGCAGUGUUACCUGUGACAACAGCAACUCCAGAACGAUCGUUUUCGACCUUAAGAAGGAUAAAGGAUUAUCUGAGAAACACAAUGGGACAGGAGCGUCUCAACGGUCUUGCAUCUUUGAACAUCCAUCAUCGCAUUGAUUUAACUGAUGAGGAAAUUCUCAGAAAGUUUUUUGAGAAGCCUCGAAAAUUUAAAAGUGUUUAAAACCUCUUGUAUAUUGUUCAUCAUCUAUCGAUUUGUCAAAAAGAUAUUUAAUAACACAGUCCUGCGAGGUACAGUUUCUAAAAUGGCUAUGGUGCUUCUUGAAGGUUUUUUUGUGUUAAAAACGAAUCUGAUCU